GAGAGCUGGGAAGGAGCAUGGCCGUGGCUUGUGUGGAAGGUCACAUCUCUGGGGGGUGCAGAAGAGAGGCAACGCUUCAGCAUGGGAAGGCAAAAUCCCCUGUGAUGAUGGUGCUUCCUGAAAUGUCCUGCUGUCACCUGUAGGGAAAUGACAGGUCAGAAAGGUAGAGUCUCAGUGCACUGGGGAGAGUGGAAUAGGAGGAAAGUGUUUCUCUAGUUCCCAGUGAGCCUGAACAUGUGGAACAGAGGGAGCCUGUGUGGAAAGGAAAAGCUUCAUCUAAAGAAAAUUAAAACCAGGCUUCUGGCAUUCAGAAUUGGAACGCUCUCACAGGCAGGCCUUUAACAGUUUCAUAGCAGCUGCGUCAGGUGGUGUGGAAGAGGACUGCAUUUCUCUGAGAUGGUGUUGUGAGGACAGGGUAUCCUCAAACGCAUGUAGGGAUUGAGGUUGGCAGAACAGUGUGGUAAUGGCAUCUUGACAAAUAGUCUGAUUUAAUUAGGGUUAAAAUAAGGAGACAGAAACAAAGCUUGUGUGUUUCCAGAAGUGCAGCGGGGAAAUGGAAUGGAUGGCUUGGAAUGGAAAUGCUUAUCUGGGGCCUUAAACACCAGGACACAAAUAGUGCAGGGAAGAGGAAGGAGCCUGCCCUGAGGGAGAAGCGGCAGCUUCUUUUGAAGAAUGCUGUAGUCCCAAAUGUGGUACCUGGUGAGCUUUGUCAGUAAAAGCCAUCUGAACCAAGAUAGCGGCAUUAUGAAGGAAGAACAGUGUGGUGUGGCCAAGGGGAUGGCUGACUACUAGGGGAAAAGGAGAAACAAGGACCGCGGAUAGCAGCACAAGAGUUGCCGACUGGUGCAGGCUGGCUUGUGUGCAUUGAGGUGUGAUGCUGAGUGUCGUCGGCCAGAUGCCACAAGUGGUGGGCUCUUAGGGCAGCUGCUUGGAGAAGAACAGCAGCUUCUGACUUGCUCCUGAGCAGUGCUGACGAUUGGAUGCAGAUGUUGCUUUAGAGCAGCCAGACUGUAGUUUUAAUAUUCUUGCAGGAAUAAUAAAAGCCAAAGAACAAACUGUCGCAUUUAAUUUGAGAAGGGGGAAUAACGUAAGAUGAGGAGUCUUCUUAACUCACAUCUGAGUUAAAUAUAAAAACCAGAAUAGGGCAGACAAAAAGGUUGAGAAACAGCUUGCAAAAAGGGAUAAAAAGCAACCAUAAAUCCUGUUCUUCUCCUGAUGUGCUGGAGUAGGGCAGGAGGAGACAGCCAUGAGCUUUGUGAGGCCCAUGGGAAUGGGCCGCUACAGAAACUAAAGCUGUAAAUUACGCAGCUAAUUGUCUGUAUGUAUCCAUGCUCUCUGUGGAGGUGGCUGGGGACGUUUUACUGGAAACACAAUGAACACAAACUGGAAAGUGCAGUAUCUUACUGAGCACUGGAAUAGCAUCUCUGAGGCAGAGUCUUUUCUCUGUGGAGGAAUCAUUAGAGGACGUCUCUCAUUAAUGUGCCAAGAAAGUUGCUUCAGAGCAAAUCAACAAAGCACAUGAUUUUCAACGUGUUCAUAAAUCUACUUAAAAGCAAAAAACAAAAAUCUGUCGGUAAAGACUUUCAGAAGGAUCUCCAAAUUCUAAAACUGGGAAUUGAAAUUUUGUGUUGGAAGACACAAACAAAAGAAUGACUCUCAUAUUGUAAGCAGAUGGAUGGGUUACUGCUUAGGAAUUACUACAUAGAGGUUGUUACUUGGUAGGUUGAUCUUGAAGUUACUCUGGAUAAUUCUAGACAAAGGCAGCUCCCAGUGGUUGAAGUGCUUUCUGGGAAAGCAGUAAGCCAUUUAGCUAGGAACAAAGACAUCACCAGUUGUACAUCAGUGGUGUGACUCUAUGUUGAACCUAGUGUACAGCCUGCUUUUGUCUUCUUUCCUUUACAUAAAGGUGAUGAAAUUGAACUGUUUUUCAUAUAUGUGGGUUCCAUACAAAGAACAACUAAAUGGAGUAGGGGAGUCCAGAAGGGAUUUGUUUGAAGCAUGCUGCCAUGAUGCAAAGGCACAGGUGCUGCCAAUAGUGCAGUCAGUACCAGCUGUAACCCGUGCUUAUCAGCAUACAGUGAGGCUGGCUUUAAUUCCAUAGUGGGCUUUUUUGUUUGAUUCGUAUGAUAAAAUGCCAGAGUACUUAUAUGGAAAAACUGUAUUCAGUGCGAGUUAGCUGUCAGGCACAGGCCAAAAGGGUGAAACAAGGGUUGUGCAUGCUUAGGAAAUGUUUAUUCACACAAACAUGUAUGUAUAGGAGUAACUCAGAAGUGAUCCUCACUCUCCUCUGCCCAGCACCCAGCUGAGACCCUGAGAGAUGCAAUUCUGUUGUGACAUAUUUGAGUUGUUUUUUCUUGCUUUCCUCUCAGAAGCAUUUUGCAGAAAUGCUUUUUGGAAGGGGCUUGCAUGUGACAAAAGGAAUCUUUAUUCACUACUUAAUCAUUGGUUAGCUUUGCUGCAACACUUCAGCUGCAUUGAGGGGUUCCAGAAUUCAUUGGUUUGAAAAGAUGAUUUUCAGUCACCAUAAAUGUUCAGCCCGGAGACAGCUGAAAUCCCUGUUAAAAAUUAUGCUUCGAAUUCUAGCUUUGUGUGAAUCAGAUUGAGAUAGCUCACUUUUCUUUUGCUUUGUUUUAAAAGGCUGCUGUUGCCUCUGGCAAGUAAUGGAAUCUCUUCUGUUUCUGUUUCUAUCUGCUCAGUAAAGUUAUUGGACAGUCUGCAAAAAGUAAGCGUCCGAAAGAACCAGGGGAAAACAAAAUCAAGCCUAUCAACAAGAAAGUAAAACCCAAAGGCCUAAAAAUGAAGGAAAGGGAACCUGUUGACUCUUCCUCCAAGUCCCAGUCCAUACUGAUGCAGGUAAUGGAUAAAGGCCGUUUCCAGAAGCUGACUGCCACUUUAAGCCUGUCUGCAGGACAAAGCAUAGAACUGCGAUGUAAGGGGAGUAAUGUGACUUGGAGCUAUCCUUCAUACUUGGACACCUUUAAAGACUCCAGGCUAAGUAUAAAGCAGUUGGACAGGUAUGGUCAACUGAUCCUUACAAACUCCACUGCAGCAGACACAGGUGAAUAUAGCUGCUGGCUUCAGCUGUGCAAUGGUAACAAAUGCAGGAAGGAUGAGACAAAAACAGGUUCAACGUACAUCUUCUUCACAGAUAAAGAGGAACUUUUUGUACCUACUCCCAGUUAUUUUGAGAUUGUCUACCUGAACCCAGAUAAACCUGCUGUCAUCCCAUGCCGCGUCACUACUCCUCUAGCAAAAGUUACUCUACACAGGGAAUUUCCAGCAGAAGAAAUUGAAACAGAUGAAACUAAUAUUAUUUAUGAUGCAAAGAAGGGCUUUGUCUACCAGCACCCUACUUCCGAUCAUAAAGGUAUUGUCUACUGCAAAGCAGAGUCACAGGGAGCACCUCAGAUUUCCAUCAAGUAUCACCUACUCUAUGUGGAAGUUCCCAGGGGCCCACCCUCAGCCACAAUUGUGGCAUCACCCAGUAGAGCCAAAGUCAGUGAUGGUAUCCACGUAGCCUGCACUGUCCUUGGGGAGCCAGAUGUAGACGUGAACUUCAGCUGGCAGUACCCAGGGCAAGAGCAGCUGGAGAGGCCUGUGAUCAUACAGAACUUCUGGAGACUGAUAAACAGAGGCACUGGACACACCACAAGAAUCUCAAAGAGUGUUCUCAUUAUUGAGGAUUUUGAAGCCAGAGAUGCUGGAAACUAUAUCUGUAUAGCUCAGAACCUACAAGGAACAACAACAGUGGCAACUAGAGUUGAACUAAACUAAUGGAAAGGCUUCUGGAUUCAUAAUGAACUGUACGUUGCUUUGCAUUUUAACCAUUCUCGGUUUUUUUUGUUAAUCUUUAAAUGAGAUUUUCACUAGAAUGCCAGGCCAAAACAAGGUGCCUUACAGCUGGCUGUAAUCAGUUGUGAGUUAGAAACACUAUAAAUAUACUACUAAGUUUAAUACUAUAAAGUGUAAUCCACUCGAAGCCUGAACAUGCAUCUGGCUUAGUGUACUUGGGAACAGAUGCUCUCGCAUUUUCCUUCGCAUGUGGCUUUUUUCCUCCACCUCUCUCACAGGGCUCACCUGCCCGAUGGUUUGUGCCUUUUUCCUCCUUGAAAACUCAGAGGAUUUUUAAUAUCUUCAGAAACCCAUCAGUGCAGGUGCAUCUCUUCUGGUGCUGUGCAAUAUACAAUGUAGAGUACUGUACAUGUUUAAAAAAACAAAGCAAAAACCCACUAAAAAUUGUGGUAGAAGUAGCCAAUAGCAGUCUUUUUUAAAAACAAUUAAAUUUCUUAACGUUA